GUCGAAUCAAGGGAUAGCCUACCGAAAAGCGUAUGUUGCACCAUGAUAAUCGAAUGGAGCGCACUGUGAGAGCGGCUAUCCGUGAAAUGAAUACAUAAAAGUAAUAGAUUCCAUAAUCAAGCUAGAUAUAUGAUCUUAAAGUCGUACUGGUGCUGUUCGAUCAAUAUUCUGACUCAGUGUGACCAUGUCGAGCAUUCCUACCACUCAGACUGCAGCUACAGUCCCCGAACUAGGAGGGGGUGUGAAGUUCGUCCAUGAUUACCCCGUCCCUAAGCCAGGGCAUAAUGAAGUUCUGGCCAAAGUCCUUUACUCGGGCGUUUGCCAGAGCGAUCUUCACACUCAAGCAGGAGUUGCGUCAGACUCCCGCGGAAAUCCCAUCACCAAGGUCAAGCUCCCGCACGUUGGCGGUCAUGAGGGUGUCGGCCGCAUUGUUGCCAUUGGGCCGGGUUGUGGCGAUGACAUCCGGCUAGGCAUGUUCGUUGGGAUUCGAUUUGCGAGCCGGAUCUGCAGAAGGUGCGAGUUCUGCCUUGCAGGUAAAGAGCAGCACUGUAUCAAGAGCACAAAUCACUUGCAUCACGAAGACGGCAGCUUCCAGGAGUAUAUCGCCCUCGAUGCCGGAUACCUGACAAUCCUUCCUGAUGAUAUCGAUCCAGCAGUUAUCGGGCCCGUGCUAUGCGCGGGACUUACAACGUACAAGGCUGUUAAAAACGCGAAUGUCAAGGCUGGAGACUGGGUUGUGGUUGUCGGCGCAGGUGGUGGUCUGGGUCACUUUGCCGUCCAAUACGCCCGUGCCCAAGGAGCUAUCGUCAUCGGCAUAGAUGGUGGCGCCACCAAGGGCAACUUCGUCAAGGAGAUCGGUGCAAGCGAGUACAUCGACUUCACGGCGACCCCCGAUGUAAUAAAGAAAGUGCACGAGCUUACUGGGGGAGGUGCCACCGCCGUCAUUGUCACGGCUGCUAGUGUCAAAGCAUUUGAACGGGCUGCUGACAUGUUGAAGGUGGGUGGCACGCUCAGUUGUGUGGGCAUUCCGUCUGAAAAGGGGCACCUCUUGACGCCCAUCAGCGCUAUUGUCAUCAAGGGACUGCAUAUUACCGGUAACCUCGUUGGAUCGCUUAAGGAGUGUCUAGAGGCAGUGGACUUGGUCAGGAGAGGAGUUGUUAAGCCCAAGGUCUCAAUCCGGCCUUUUGAAGAUCUGCCAAAGAUUUACCAAGAGCUAGAGAAAGGUGAAGUGUCUGGAAGAGUGGUACUCAAAAUUGCCAAAGACGAAUAAAUCUACCUAGUUCGGUGUAUAAAACGGUCACUUAUCUUUAAUCCUUUCCUGAUUAUGUGCUGGUCGCGUUUUAUACUGCUACUCGUGAGGUACCAAUGACUAUAUUAUAAUAUUAUAUCUAUCUAUAGUUAUUCAAUUAUCAUUCUCAUUUUAAA